GAGUGACACAAGCGAGUAGCAGUGAACUUCAUGUUGUUGUUGUUGUUGCCGUCGUUGUCGUUAUUUACUGCUCCAGCAGCUGUUUUGACCUAUUUCCUCCCACACUGAAAUUGUGGCACUGGGGAGCGGAGUUCCCCACACUGGCGACCCGCAUGAGUGAAUCGUUUACGGGGCAACGCUGUUUUUGACAUUUUAAGGCGAGGCUAGCUAGCUGGCUGCUAGCUGAGCAGCGAUGGAGUGGCGGAGCAACAACGACGCACAGCCCGACAGUGAUCCGCUUUGGACGGUGGCAGGCUGUGGCGGCGUGAGCCCCAUUCAGCAGACACCAGCAUCAUCAUGUGACUGCGCCAUGGCGUCCCUCUGCCAGAGCCAGCAGCGCUGUGUGAAGACCUCCAUCGUGUCCAGCUGGAUGCUGGCCGAAGCCCAGGAGCGCCUGUGCUCUUUGAGGGUCCACUGCUCCGAGUCCCUGGAGCAGGAGCGCGCACGCACGCAGGUCUGUCCCACGGAGCUGACGCACACGGAGGAGGAGUGGCGGCGCAAGGAGAGCAUGCUGGGAGGAGGGCAGCAGCCGGGCCGCGGACCCGUGCUCGGGGUCGCCGGGAGUUGGGACGUUUUUGAUAAGAGUAUCAUCAAUGUUCAAAAUCAACCGGCAGAGGUGGAUCAGUGCAAGACCUUUGUGCAAAAGUAUGAACAAGAGCUCAGGCACUUUGGCAUGUUGCGGCGAUGGGAUGACAGUCAGCGAUUCCUGGCCGAGAAGCCUCAGCUCAUCUGUGACGAGACGGCCAACUACCUAUUUUUAUGGUGCAUCCGUCUCCAGCAGGAAGGGAAAGAAGCGCUGAUGGAGCAGGUGGCGCACCAAGCUGUCGCCAUGCAGUUCAUCCUGGAGAUGGCGUCAAACUCUGGGCAGGACCCCAGAGGCUGCUUCAGGCAGUUCUUCCAAAAAGCCAAAGAAGGACAAGAAGUGUACUUGGAAGUCUUCCACAGCGAGCUGGAGGCCUUGAAACGCAGAGUGAGGGAACACGAGGCUCGGUGUAAAAGUGUCGCAUGCAGUAACCCGCAGCAGACCAGUAACGGCACAAACUGCAGGCUGGACCCCAAAGAAGCCCACAGCUCUUCACCCCAACAGGUGUCGGAGUUCCCCAGCAGGCGUCGUAUAGAAGCCGGACGGUGGACGAGCGCGGCGCGGUGGAUGAAGGAUGACGGCCCAGAAAGCGAGGAUAUACGCAUGAUGGAGACCUCUUAGGACACUCGCCUUUCUUCCUCACCAUUUCGGAGCACCGCAGGAAUGAAUGGAAAAGCACUGUUGGCCUUGCUCCGUGUCUCUUAUGCAGGCCUCCGUCAUCGUCAUCAUCAUCCUCAUCAUCAUCAGGCGGCCAUGAUGAUGAUGAUGAAGAGCAGAAGGUGGUGAGUGUGAGCUUCAAUGCUGGCUUGUGUCCUCUUUAACGGCGACGGUGACAAUCCUUGGAAAGCCAUGGCGUCCCGUAAAAGUGCAAAACAUUUUUUUAUUAUUUUAUUUUAUUUUUUCAUUUUAUGUUUACAAUUUAGACAACUAUGGAGCUUGCAUGCGCCAUAAUUCUACAGUUGCAGUUUGUUUACUUAACUGCAGAGACAACCAGGCAUCGGCUUAAUUAAUAAUAAUAAUACAUUUUAUUUGUAUAGCGCUUUUCAGAGUACUCAAAGACGCUUUACAGUGGAGAAAAAAAAAUAAAAAUAAACUUAAGGCUUUAUUUGUACAUUUUCUCAUAAUUAUGCCACAAUUAAUUUAAAUAAUUAGUAUACAAUCAUCCCUUGCUGCUUAGUAAAAAAAUACAUAUUUAAGCAAGUGUUCUAAAUUCAAAAAGCUGUGUUGACAUGUAGUAUUCUACUGUGGUCACUAGGUGUCAGUAAUGUUACAUUGAUGAGACAAUAGCCACCACAGGAAGUAGUAAAAAAAAAACAACAACAAGGAACUAUCUCAAUGCUAACGUGUGUGUUUUUGGCCUGUUGUAUCGUAUCUAUGAUAUUGGGCAAGGGGGGUGGGGUGGGGGGCAUCCAUGGGAACCGCAACGAACAUUCCGAUUCUCCCGGCAUCGACAAAUGCUUUCCUUUCCAUUUCGAGAUUUGAGGCUGACUUCGCCGACCGGACGAAAUAGUCGUGAACAUCAACAAAUGAAGUUGAGAAAGUUUGCUUAACUUGAUAAAAAAAAAAAAAGAGCGGUCGGCUCCGUGCAACAUUUGCAACACGAUGACAACGUGCAAAGGACACACGUUCGUAGUAUGGAAAUGGCGCCUGAAUCAGACGUCCGUCUCUCGCUAACGUAGCCGAGAGUUUCGGGAUGCUAGCUGAUGUGGACGUUGGCUGGACAUAAAGGACGGGGGCUACCAAGGGGGCGACGGCCAGCCAGCUUUAUUUAUUUGCAGUCAUGGGACCUUCUCAACCCACACAGCACCCUUGCAGCCUUCAAAAUAAAAGCACUUUGGGCUAUGUCCUGUUGAAUUGUGUUAACAAAAUAAAAAUAGCUUACACCAACAUUAUUAUAGGAGAAAACAAAGAAUACUACUUUUCAAAAGCAAACAUGUUUUUUAUGAAAGUGUACUCAGGGCCACAUAAAAAAAUGUGAGAUUUAGAGAAUAAAGUUCAAUUCAUGAGAAUUGUCGUAUAUUUAGGAGAAAAAAGUAGUAAACUUCAGAAAAGAUAAUGACGUGAAUGUACGAUUAAAAAAAGUCUUAAUAUUAUGAGAAUAAAGUCGUAAAUGUAUGUAUAAAAAAAGUCGUAAUCUUAUAUGUCAUAUGUGUCAGACAGGAAAUCUAGCAGACUUUUAAAAAUCUGACAUUUGGAGAACAAAGUUGUACAUUUUAGAGGAAAAAAAAUAUUUAUAUUUACAAGGAUUAUAGAAGUUGACAAGAAAAAAAAUACAAUUACGAGAAUAAAGUUGUUAUACAGUAAACCUCGGAUAUAUCGGAUUCAAUUGUUCCCACUGGUUUUGUCCGAUAUAAGCGAAAUCCGUUAUAUGCGUAUACUGGAAAAUGUCCGUUUUACGCAUAUAUCGGAUUUAUAUCCGGUAUAUGCGUAAAUCGGAUUUUAUCCGUUAUAAAAAGGCACUUCCUUGACUAUGUUUCCAAUGAACCUGGACUGGGCAAUGAAAAGAGACGUAAGGUAAUGAGAAUUUAACUUUAUUGGACUCUGAGCAUAACAAAUUGUUAAUUAAGCUAGGCCCUGUUACGCCCGUCAGGCCUACGUUAUUUCCAAUAGUGAGGUUAAGAUCUCAUUCACUGCUGUGCUAGUAUUAUUGACGUCACUCACUUUUAUAUUUGUACUAAAUCUGAAUCAUAAACGUGAAUAUAAAUCGCGCAGGCAACGCUGCAAAUGACGUCGUAUAGCGGCCUGUCACGAUUCGGCGAAUCGGAGCGCCACGAUGCGGCCAUCCGAUAUAUGCGAGGGAAAUUUAAUGGAAAUGCAUUGGAACGGGACUGGAGAUUUUGUCCGAAAUAGGCGAAAUCCGUUAUAAAAAAUCCGAUAUAUGCAAUGAAUUUUUAUUGGAAAUGCAUUACAGAAAAAUCGGUUCUUUUUUAUCUGUCCGUUGUGAGCGAAUUUCCGAUAUAUCCGAGUCCGAUAUAUCCGAGGUUUACUGUAUUACAUGUCAUAUGUGUCGGGGAAAUCGAGCACAUUUUUUUAAAAAUCUGAUAUUUCAAGAACAAAGAACAAAUAUUUACGAGAAUAGUGUUGUAAGUGUACGAGAAAAAAGUAAUCAAAUUAAGAAAAUAAAGUUGUUAUAUUACGUGUCAUACGUGUCAGGGGAAAAUCGAACACACAAAAAAAAAAUCGGACAUUUUGAAAGUCGUUUUUUCCAGAGGGAAAAAAGUCGUAUAUUUACAAAAAUAGUGUUGUCAGGCAACGCUUGUUACAUAAAGUUACUGGUCUUUUCUCGUAUAUUUCUGACAUUGUUCUCUAAAUCUCCGAUUAUUUUAAUAUUCCGUCCUAACAGGCAUUGCCCGAGACAGCCAUGGAAAGGGGUGACUUGGGCAAAGGUAGUAUUACCACUUUUUUUCUUGUAAAUUUACAACUUUGUUGCUACUUUUUUUAUUCUUGUAAAAUAUGACUUUAUCCCCGUAAAUUUACAACUUUAUUCUUGUAAAUUUAGAACUCUAUUCCCAAAAUCCCAGAUUAUAAGAAUUUUUCUCAAACCUAAUACCUUGUCGUAAAAAAGCCAUAUUAACAAAAAAUGUUUCACAUAUCAUAAAAAAAAAUCGAUUGCAUCCAAAAAGUAUUGUGGUUAGCGCCGUCAUUUAAACCAUGCAAACUAAAACUCUCUCGCAACUCUAAUCGAAAUGAGGAAUCAGAAUCUAAUUAAAACGAUGCCCAAACCUACUAUAGGGGUGUUAUUUCAUGUCUUGAGGGCUUUAAUAAUAAGAAUAAGAAUAUGUUGAAUGUUGUAAGCAGGUUUUCUAUGCUCUAAAAUCUUCCAUGUGGGAAGAUUCCUCCUACUUGGAGGAAUUUGACAUCACGGUUGGGUCUGGAACCAACGAACCACAGUAAAGAAAGAUGUAUAUUUUAGUGUAUAUUACUACUGUAUGAUGAUAAAUAUGUAAUACUAUCACCACCUCCACCAAUAGUUGAACGGUAGCAUACUCUUAUUUGUUUGUUUUUGUAAGAAUCCAAUGCGUCAUCAGCUUUACAGAUGCCACGUCUGCUGUGCAGGUGGUGUGGCAAGUAUCUCCACCUCCAGAUAUACGACGCCAUCUUACGGCAGAGAAACCAAGGUGGUGUGUUUGGGGACCGCAUGCAGUAAGUUGCAUUUAAAGAGGACACAAGUUGGCUUAUGCUAAUGCUCCGCUCGGCGUCCCAUUACAAGUCAUUUAUGUUUUUUUUUUUUUUUUUUACAGCAUUAAAUGCACCAAUUGCCGUGCGUUUUGUGUCCAAAGCUAAAGUAGCUGAGCUAAUGAAUGUAGAAGCUAACACUACGUUUGUAUCGUCAGGUUAGCUCAUCCCACCAAAUAAUGGUCGUCCUUGUUGCAUUCACUCAUCUCAUUUUUUUUUUUGUAGCGGUUUUAUGUCAGGUCAAUUUAUAUUUUUCCCAAAGUUGAGCUUUGACGUUGGCUUUGUGCGGAGACGUAAAGGAGAAUGUGUCGUGCACUUUAUAUUCCAAGCACUUGAUAACGCUUCACACUGUAUCCUUCUCUGGAAAGGAGCUUUGUCACUAGCUUGACACUUUCUUUCUUCUUUUGCUUUUAUUUUCACAUUGACUGACGUUAAAAAAAAAUGUUUGUUUUUUUUGGGCAGUGUGCCAGAUUGCUCAGGCUUGCAGCUGUCUCUCACCGAGAUAAAAUAAAUGAAUUAGACAAGAAUAAAUAUCAGUUUGCUGCUGAGUGGCAUGACCAA